AUGGAAUUUAUAAAUAACAUCAAUGUAUCAGUAGCAGUUGACCCUGUGGUACUGAUAACUACUGAAUGUAUCACUGUCACCUCAGCGAUGCGAAAGCACACUCGAUGGGCUCAUUCAUCAGUGUCAGCGAUCUUAGGUGCAGGUGCAAGACCAUUAAGCCCUAAUUCUCGAAAUAGAACACCGCGAGAUACAUAUGGGAGUCGGAAGCCCAAGGUUCAAUCACCAGAUCUAGCAAGCGAAAAUGAUGAAAGAGAAUUAGCAAAUAGAUGGGGAUUGCGCGGAAAAAAAGGGCGAAGCACGCAGGAUAACCCGUUAAUGGCAGGAUUUGGGCGAUUGAGGCGUCAACUUACUGGAUGUAAAGACAUUCAUAGAUUCGACGCACCCUCAUUGCUUGACCCCUUUCUCCAAGUUAUCCAAGCUUCCGCUACUUCUGCCCCGAUCACAUCCCUGGCUUUGAUCGCGAUAACAAAGUUUUUCGCAUACAAUUUCAUUGGUCCAGAGUCACCUAGAUUAGCACAAGCUAUGCGAUUAUUAUCUGAUGCUAUUACUCACUGUAGAUUUGAGGCUAGUGAUUCCGCAGCAGAUGAGAUCGUAUUAUUACGAAUACUGAAACUUAUGGAAGGUAUCUUGUCAGGCCCAGGCGGAGACUUACUCAGUGAUGAAAGCGUGUGUGAGAUGAUCGGUACAGGACUCAGUAUGUGUUGUCAGUCAAAGCUAUCUGAACUACUUCGCAGAUCAGCAGAGAUAUCCAUCAUUAAAAUGACUCAAAUAAUUUUUGAGCGCCUAAAAUACUUGGAAGUAACACCUGGUGAUGCUUCACGAGUCUCAGAUGAAAAAACAGCGGGACACAUAGAUGGUGUAAAUACGGAAGCAGCAGUAUCCAAAGAAGCAAUCACAAAUUUUGCGACAAGUAUAACUGGUAAUCGGUCACCAAAAAGCCCCGAGAAAAGCAGAUAUGAGUCGGGUGUUCUUGGGCGUGCAGGGUCUACCACCGAUUUAGAUCCUGAAUUAUUAUCAGAGAUGCCAGACGAUCCUCCCAUCAAGCCUUAUUCCUUACCAUCCAUUAGAGAGAUAUUUCGAGUCUUGGUCGAUUUACUCGAUCCCCAUGAUCGCCAACACACUGAUACUAUGAGAGUAAUGGCCCUGCGAAUUAUUGAUGUCGUUCUUGAGGUUGCAGGUCCUUCUAUUGCUAAACAUCCCCCUCUCGCAACCUUAGCUAGAGAUCGUCUUUGCCGAUACUUAUUUCAACUUGUCAGAUCAGAUAAUAUUGCUAUAAUGAAUGAAUCACUUAUCAUUUCAGGAACGCUUCUUGCAACAUGCAGAGGUAUGUUGAAAUUGCAACAAGAGCUAUUCUUAUCGCAUUUAGUAGCAUGUUUGCAUCCUCGCACUGAAAUACCGUCAGAAUCCGGCAUAGACCCAUCCUUAUUUGCUGGGGUUUCUUGGGCUCCAAAAACCUUCAAGCAUACUACAUUACAAGGCAAAAGUGAAAGAUCAACGCCUUUACCGGUAAAAGAUCGUCAAAAGCUUGGGAUGGAAAGCUUAUCACGCAAACCAGACGCUAAAGAAGCCAUGGUCGAAAGUAUUGGUGCUUUAGUACGAAUUCCAAGCUACAUGGUGGAACUUUUUAUCAACUAUGACUGUGACAUUGAUCGAGGCGACUUGUGCGAAGAAUUAGUUGGACUAUUGUCUCGCAACUCUUUCCCAGACUCUGCAACGUGGAGCACAUCAAGCGUACCACCAUUGUGCCUUGAGGCAUUGUUAGGAUAUAUCCAAUUCAUAUCAAGAAGGCUUGAUCAUGUACCCCAGUUUGAAGGGUAUCCCGACAGAAAUAUUCUUCGUGAACAGCGAAAGAAAAAGAAAGUAAUCAUUGAGGGUGCAUCCAAAUUUAAUGAGAAGCCAAGGGCUGGUCUGGAAUUUUUACAAUCACAAGGUAUCAUUAAAGAUGUAAACGAUUCACAAUCUGUCGCAGCAUUUUUGAAAGGAACCGCCCGUGUGUCCAAAAAAAUUUCGGGUGAAUUCCUAUCAAAGAAAGGAAAUGAAUCUGUUCUUGAAGCUUUUAUGGAUACAUACAAUUUCAAAGGGAAGCGAGUCGAUGAAGCUCUGCGGGAAUUGCUCGAGGGAUUUCGAUUACCUGGAGAGUCUGCACUUAUUGAGCGAAUAAUAACAUCUUUCUCUGAACAUUACUGUGCUGGCUCUACAUCAGACGGAAUUGCAAACAGUGACGCUGUCUUUGUAUUGACAUAUGCCAUCCUUAUGCUCAAUACUGAUUCGUAUAACCCUAAUCUCAAAGCUGCGGCGCGGAUGACUCUAGACCAGUUUUCUAAUAAUUUGCGGGGUGUCAACGGAGGAAAAAACUUUGACCCUCAAUACUUAAAAGAUGUUUACGACUCUAUCAAGGCCGACGAAAUUAUCCUUCCAGAUGAACAUGAUAACAAACACGCGUUCGAUUACGCUUGGAGGGAGCUUCUAUCUAAAACUGAGAAUGCUGGAAAACUUAUUGUCUGUGAUACUAAUAUUUUUGAUGCGGAUAUGUUCGAAGCUACCUGGAGACCUAUUGUCGCCACUCUCUCAUAUGUUUUUAUUUCUGCCAGCGAUGAUACUGUAGUCUCCAGGAUUAUUGCUGGCUUCGACCAAUGUGCUCAAAUAGCCAUAAAAUAUGGCCUGAUAGAAGUUAUAGAUCAGGUGAUAUAUUGUUUAAGCCAUAUUACGACGCUAGCCACGGAAAUUCCAUCCAGCACAGCUCUCAACACAGAAAUCCAAGCUGGCGAGAGUAGUGUUAUGGUUAGCGAACUUUCUGUCAGGUUUGGGCGAGAUUUCAAAGCACAGCUUGCCACAGUUGUCCUAUUUCGAGUUUUAAACGGAGGUGAAGCUUUAAUUAGUGAGAGCUGGAAGCAUGUUGUGGAUAUCUGGGUCAAUCUUUUUGUCAAUUCACUUAUGCCAUCCUUUUGGGUUCCGAAUGGCAUAGAAAUAUCUACAAUUCCUCUACAGACAUCGUUACAGGUGGUCGAUCGAGGUCAAAAAACAGGUGACACUGGUCUCUUUUCUGUAUUCACCUCGUAUAUUUCCAGUUACGCCGCAGAUGAUCCACCAGAACCCUCCGACGAAGAAAUGGAAAGUACUCUAUGCACAGUUGAUUGUAUAAAUGCUUGUCACAUGAAUGAUGUGUUUUUCAAUAUUUUGAAAUUACCUGUUACAGCUCUAAAGCCACUACUUAAAGCACUUCUCGACAAGUUACCGGAUGAUCCUAGCGCGGUAAUGCUUAAUGUGAAGUCUGAAGCAGAAUCUGUUGCACCUGUUUACCAGAAACCUUUCAAUAGUGGUCUCGCUUAUGAUCCUUCGAUAGUCUAUAUAUCUGAGAUGUCGACAACUCUAGCUCUCCAAAGUGAAGAAACGCUCAUCGCUCUGGGUUCUGAUGUUUCAAGUGCAUUGCUUAACAUUCUACGGAAUGCUUCAAGCUAUCACUGGAUCCUAGUUUCCAGAGUAGUUCUUUACCUUCUCCAUAUCUUGCAUACAAGUCAUGAACUUAACUUUAUUCGUGUACCUGUGGUACUUCAUUUGAUAGCUAGUUUAAAAAAAGACCAUUUCGAAAAAUCAACCUCUCUUGUACUACAAGGACUACAUUUAUGUAUCAAGGAGCCAGGGCCACUUAGGAAUGAAAUCAUGACUUCCCCUGACUUUUGGUUUAUUCUUCGUAACAUGGCAGGUAACUCCAGCUCGGCUCCCACUGUGUUCAAGAUAUUAGAAGGUGUAAUAAUUGGAUCACCUCCCUCAAUAAUGGCUGAUAACUACGAAUCAGCUGUGAAUUUAUUGAACGAUUUUGCAUCUGCAGGAAGUAUUGGCGCCGCUGUCGAACAGAAACAAGAAAAAAAAUCAAGAAGGGGCCCCAUACCAGCUAACCCUAAAAAGCAUGACAAAGUCCGAAUUGAAGCUGCUUUAUCACGGGGUGUGAAAGCAAUCACCAUGAUAUUCUCCCUUACAGAUCGUAUUCUAGUACUAAUGCAGCAGUCACAUCUUGAACCCAGAAAAGCCUGGACAGCUUAUUGGUCCCCGAUUUUCAACGCUCUUACUACACAAUGCACUAAUCCAUGCCGGGAAAUUAGACACCAAGCUUUUUCAUCUCUUCAACAUACACUUCUUUCUCCUCAAUUAACACAUGACUCUGAGUCUCAAGACGAAUGGAUUGCCAUCUUUGGUGAGGUACUUUUCCCCCUCAUUUUCCGACUUCUCAAACCUGAAGUCUAUUCUUCCGAUCCGACAGGCAUGUCUGAGACUCGUGUGCAAGCUGCUACUCUUCUUUGCCGUAUUUUUCUUCACUACCUUGCCCUUCUAUACAAAUACGAUGGAAUGCUAGAUCUAUGGCUGCGAAUUCUUGAUCUAAUGGAUCGGCUCAUGAACAGUGGCCAGGGUGACAGCCUGGAAGAAGCAGUGCCAGAAAGUCUAAAAAAUAUCAUACUUGUUAUGAGUAAUUGUAACUUUUUGGAACUACCUCAUCAAGCUGUAGAUGAGCGUAAAGAUAAGCUCUGGUCAGAGACUUGGAAAAGAAUUGAUAGAUUCUUACCAAACCUACGAAAAGAAUUGGAUCUAGAUUCGAAGGAAACAAAGAAACCAUUUCAAUCAACGGUAACUACUGAAUUAGAAGAAAGUCAAAAAACUAUCAUGGAGAUGUAA